CUCUCCAAUAAACGACCGACUCUGGGGUUUUUUCGAUCAUUCGCUAGGGUUUUAGCCUUUUUUCUCGAUCAAAAUGGUUCUUCAAAAUGACAUCGAUCUCCUCAAUCCCCCUCCUGAGUUGGAGAAGAAGAAGCACAAGCUCAAGAGGCUCGUCCCAUCCCCCAACUCCUUCUUCAUGGAUGUGAAGUGCCAGGGUUGCUUCGCCAUCACGACGGUUUUCAGCCACUCGCAAACGGUGAUUGUGUGCGCGAACUGCCAGACGGUGCUGUCCCAACCAACCGGCGGUCGCGCGAAGCUCACCGAGGGCUGCUCCUUCCGCAAGAAAGGCGACUAACUGCAGCGGUGCGUCACCUCCCGCGCCCUUUCCUCUCAUACUUUGUGAAUAUUCGCUGCUUUCUGGGAGACGAGUUUGUUAUCUUAUAGAAGAUUAUAAAAAAAAAAAAAAAAAAAAAAAUUGUAGUUCUGAGUUUACGUGAGUUUUAAGUUUCCACAGUAUGUUCGUAGAGAAUGGCGAAACUGGGUGUGUAUGCACAUGUUUUGUUGUGUAAAAAACUGGCACUUUGAGUAAAGCAUG